CAGGUUCAAGAGUUGAUAAUUCAUAAAGAUCCUACACUGUUAGAUAACUUUCUCGAUGAAAUGUUGGCCUUUAUCAGUGAUAGAUCAGUAGAUGUUAAAAAACUUCUGAUUGGCUUUCUAGAAGAAGCUUGUAAGAAAGAUAAAGAAAUCUUACCGAAAGCUCUACCAGGAGUAACUAUAUUAUUAGCUGAU